ACUAUUUAGAGGUCCAUAUUAGGUGUUUCACACACCACACAUCAUCCUUUGGCUCACAACAAACCCCAAAAAUUCUAUCCAUGUCAUCAAAACCACACAAAUUUCCCUCCAACAUCACACUUCACACCCCUCACACCACCCCGCCUCCGUGUCUUUUAAACAAGUCUAUCUACUAUCCACCACCCCAAACCCAACAACACCAAUCCAACGGCCGAGAAUGGGGUGCGCCUCCUCAACACGAGUCAAGGCGACCGUCGAUCUCGCGUACCGCCCAGCCCCCGCGAGCUUCGCGGUCUUCGACAUCAACGCCAUCGAGGAGCCGUGGCUGGUGGUGAACCAUGCGCCGCUGGAGCACCAGGAGAAGCCCUCGCACGUGCCGGCCCCGAUUCUCGAGAAGCUCAGCACGUUCGAGGCCGACGCCCCCCACACGUGGGACGAAGUCAGCAAAGCCCUCCAGUUAGACGACCUCAAGAAGCCCAAAUCCCUCGUUACCUCAGUUAAACCCGAAACUGAACCACUGCGCACCCCGGCGCACGAUAGCACACCCCCCGCCAAAAACGCACCACGUAAGAGCGCCUCCUUCCACACCCUCGACGAGCUCGACGCCAAGCUUUCCUCCAAGAAGGCCACGGUUAUCGCCACGUCGGCAAAAUCCGAAACGAAACCACUCAGCUCAAAUCCGGUGAACAACGCGCCGCGUAAGAGCCUCUCGUUCCAAGCGCCCGAGUUGAACAGGACCGAGUCGAAUCGGACCGUGUCGGAGGAUUUUAAGCCGAAGCCCCUGAGAGAGAACAUAUUUAUCGUUAAGGACAGGAUGGAGAGGCAAAAGGGAGAGCCAAAGAAGGACCCGCUGAGCGAGUUUCCGGCGAGGUGCCCGCCGGACGGAGGCGCCGACGCGGUGGUUCUCUACACGACGUCGUUGCGGGGGGUGCGGCGCACGCACGAGGACUGCACCCGCGCGCGGGCAGUGAUGGAGUUGCAGGGCGUGGUUUUCGAGGAGCGCGACGUGUCGUUGCACGGGAAGUAUCUAAGCGAGCUGAGAAAGUUGCUAAACGACGAGUCGUUGAGCCUGCCGAGGGUGUUCGUGAAGGGGAGGUACAUAGGGGGAGUGGAGGAGUUACUGGAUCUGAACGAGUCGGGCCGUCUGGGUCGGAUCCUGGGCCUCGCACGUGUGGAGAGAGGAGUGAUGAUGCAAGAGUGCGAGGGGUGUGGGGGAAAGAGGUUUGUGCCGUGUUUGGAGUGUGGUGGUAGUUGUAAGCUCGUGAAGAGUGGGUUGGAUAAGGAAAGGUGUGGGCAGUGCAAUGAGAAUGGGUUGGUGCACUGCCCGGCGUGUAAAGGUUUUUCCCGAGGAAAUUCUAUUAACUGACAUAUGUCGGUCGUUAAAACAUGUACUAAUCCUAUGUUCUUAGGACGUAUGUGAGUUAAUAGAAUGGAUCGAAAGGUUUUUAUUAUAUCAAUUUGAAAGAAAAAUUUGUCUAUAAACAAAUGAUAUAAGGAGUUUUUUUUUUGAGAUUUUGGGAGUUUAGUGGGUAGUGAUGGAUUGAUAAUAAUGUUUGUAUAUUUUUGGAGUGGGGGGUGUGUUUGUUUAGAUUGAUAUAGUUUUGGUUAAUGGAAAAUAUCAAAAUUAGUUCACCUAGUUUUUCUCUUUACCAAAGAGUUUAUAUAUUUUCAAUUUCAUCAUAUGAAUUUACUCUACAUUUUCUGUCAA